AUGUAUACGCCAGUCCGUCUUGGCUUCCCACGUCAGACUCUUGAUGGCGCCACCUACGAAGGUCAUGAUUUUCCCAAGGACACCCUAGUGAUUAUGAACCUGUUCGCAGCCAACCGCGACCCCACCGCCUUCAAUUCUCCCUACGAAUACAUUCCUGAGCGAUGGAUGAACGGACGGAGGGGUCGUACUGACCUGCCCGCUGAAGGCGCAGACAAGCUUGGCGUCCCGCACUUGACCUACGGCGCCGGCCGCCGCGUUUGUCCUGGCAUCGACAUGGCAAACCGCGGCCUGUACUCAACUCUAGUACUACUCCUUCACUUUUUUACCUGGGAGCGGCAGCGUCUGGGCGAGGAGGAGAAGAAGCUCGUGUUUCCCCCGUUCCGCUCGCAACGGGAGUGCUCGCUUGAGAUGGACGCGAUUGCGGAUACCGCCACACCAACCGAGGUCCAGGCCAUUCCUUGGUCGGCUGGCAUCAAAUUCUCUUGCCGGGAUCCCGUAGGGCUCCAAGCUUGGCUCGAAAGGUCAGACGAGUGA